GUGGAGCGUCGAUAGAAGCCGCAUCGCGUCCUUCUGCGGAGCGUCAGUGCGGCAAGAUGUUCAACAGCCUCCUGACACAGUUCGACGACGAGCCCUUCUUCGCCGACCCGUUCCAGGUGCAUCAUGAGCGCAUGCGGCAGAUGAUGAGGGGUUUCUCUGACCCCUUCGGUCAGGGCUUCAUGCCCAGCAUCACAGACGGACGUCACAGGGGUCACAGGGCUGCGGCUCAACCCAACACCAGCCCGAACGCCCGCAGCGACCCAGAGCUGGAUUUCUUUAGCAAUCCUUUCGCUAUGAGGAACAGGAUGGAGGCCAUGCAUAGAAAUCUUGAGAACAUGGCGUCAGACCCCAACAGCCACUCGUAUUCCUCUUCCUCCGUCAUGACGUACUCUAAGAUGGGAGACGAGCCGGCGAAAGUCUUCCAGGCCUCGUCUCAGACGCGCUGUGCUCCUGGAGGAAUAAAGGAGACCAGGAGGAGUCUGAAGGACUCUGAGAGCGGACUGCAGAAGAUGUCCAUCGCCCAUCACAUCCAGGACAGAGGCCACGUCAUCGAGAGGAAAGAGAAUAGGAAAACCGGAGAGAAGGAGCUCAACCAGGACUUCCAGAACAUGGAUGAAACGGAGGCCCAGUCCUUCGACGAGGAGUGGCAGAGAGAGGUGUCCAGCUUCCAGGCGUCUGCGCCCAUGUCCCGCCUGGAAGCACCGAGACAGCGAGCGGUUCAGCGAGCGGCCAUCACUGCACCACAGCACACUCGCAGAGAUGCCAAAUCAAACCCAUUACAAUGAACUCAACAUUAAAGGCUCCGGCGAGAAGAAGCACUAAAGCUCAUUCACAAUAAAACACACUUGACAGGCUUCUUACUGCACUUUCCUCAUAUCUGCCAAUGAUUUUCAUACGCCUGUUUCACACCACAGACUUGAGCAGCAGCAAAAAAGCUCAAUACAGAGAACUUAUUUCUAGGUAACUGCGGUGAGUAUUUCUUCUAAACUGGUUAUCAGUGGUGGGUCACUGAUAGCAUUAGACCUGGCUGUGGUUAAUUGUGCACAAUAGACUAAUUCCAUAUCAUAACCUGUAGUAUACUGUAUUGCUUCAAGACACUGGACUACAAACAUAUGCUUAAUCUGUGCACUUUCUGCUUUUCCAUGUCAAAUCAUAUUGAUUUUAUCCAUCAUCAGUGCACUGUCACUUUAAGUGUGUGUGUGAUCAGUGCUUCUAUCUUCUGUUAACACGCUCCUGAAACACAUAAGCUCAGCUCACGCCUGCGGUGAGAAACAGGCCUUGCAUCCGUAACUAAAUAAUUAUUUUCACUGUUCCUAUGUUUCAGAAUCCUCAGUCUUUGUUUUUUGUCUUCAGAUUAGUUUGAAUCAAAUAAAACAACACAAAUGCUGUGAGUUCUGUGAUGCAGCCAUUCUUAACCCUGGACCUCAUCUCAGGUCUCUAGAGUCUCUGCUACUGAGUCAGCUGUGUUUGAUUAGGAGACACAGAAUAUGCAGUGCUCAGAUAUCCGCUGGAGUAUUGAGUACUGUUUCGGGGUUCAGCGCUGCUGUUGCUUUCUGAAGGAUCCAGAAACUGUGAUGUGUGACGUCUGUAAUGCACUUAUCGAUGUUGUUUAUUCUGCAGUAAUCACCAUAAACCCUCUGCAAACCUUGCUCUGUAAACAUUUGCUUAAUAAACAUUUUUUUUAAAUGCAUGAAAGUAGACCUUUUUAUACAAAUGUUUCUCAAUUUGUGUUUGAGACACACAACUGUGUGAUAUUGUCGUCAAGACACACUUCACUGUUUCGCUUUUCAAAAGGUAUAUAACACAUAGUGUCAGAAUAAAAUAAUGUCGCAAUCCAAACAUUUAAUGUUGCAAAUAGUAAAGUUUUGGUUUUUGGCGGCCUGUUUUA